AUGAUUAAACUAUUUGUGAUCGUAUAAAUGCAGGCUUAGAAGAAGGUUUUAUCCAUCGUACGAGCGAAAGCUAUUCUUACGAGGAAUUAAGGUAUAUGUACGAGCAAUCAAAGUCGUUAAAACAAGCUCAAUAUCAACGGAACAUCGAUUUUUCUCCCUCGUUAAAGACACGAACACAAAGGAAUGAAAAACCAAGGUAGAAUUUGAGGAGUAAAAAAAAAAAUAUAUAGAGAGAAAAAUAGAUUGCUCAUUUAUAAAAGUAUUCGGCCGAAAUCCUGGAUCGGUUAACAAGAUUUUUACAUUCAACCAUGUUUUCGACCUGGUCAACUGAUGUUCGUUGGACGAAACUACGACAAUUUGAGACAAGCGAAUCUACCGGACAUGUAAGCAACGAAAAAAGAAAAAUAGCAGCACAUAGUGCAAGUGAUGAGAGUGACGAUGAAUGGUUGGCACAACUUGAGAGAGAUUAUGCUGCUUCGGCGAGAAAAAGACACCGUAGUCGAUGUAGCUUCUAUGAACGAUGCCUUAUUGCUGCUUUGACAGUUGUAAUUAUCAUUACAAUAACUCUUGUUUCAAUGAUGAUUGCUAAUAACCAUCAAGUUAGUAUUAAAGUACUCGAACAACCUAAAACAGCUGUCUGUGAAUCAAAAAGCUGUAUAUCAGCCGCUUAUAGCAUAAUGAGCAAAAUGGAUGAACGAGUAGAGCCUUGCAAGGAUUUCUACAAGUAUUCAUGUGGACAGUGGUUAGAAGAUGUUUUGGUUCCUAAUGAGCAGACUAAAGUGACAUCUUUUCACGAAGCUUCUCAAAAAAACAUUAUAAGCUUAAAGAAGAUUUUUGAUGGCCGAGGUCUAAACUUGAACGAAAGCUCAAAGGCUGUCCAAAARGUCAAGGACUAUUAUACAGCUUGUUUGAAAAAUGUCAAUCAAAAUGGCAGCCAACCAAUCACGAGCCUUAUUCGGGAGAUGGGGUCUUGUCAAUUAACCGGAGGAAAUUCAUGGACAGCGGAGUCAUGGAAUUUCGAGCAGGCGCUAAGUAUGAUGCACAAGUUGCAGAGUACACCUUUGUUUUACAUGUUUGUAGCGCCUGACGAUAAGAAUUCCAGUCUGAAUAUUAUACAGAUUCAGCAAGCUGGCAUUACGAUGUCUGACAGAGAUUACUACUUCAGAAAUCAAUCUGACCCAGUGGUCAGUGCAUACAAGACGUUGAUGAUUAAGAUUGGUCAUUUACUUGGAGGAGAUGUAAACACAACUAAAAUACAGAUGGACGAAGUCUACGAGUUUGAGAAAAGACUAGCAGAGAUUUACGAAGCAAAGRAGAAGCUACGUGACUCUGAAGCGAUCUAUCACAGGAUGACAGUGGAAGAUUUACAACAGCUCGCGCCAGCGAUCCCAUGGAUGGAUUAUAUGAACAACAUCUUUAGUAUUCCUGUUGGCCACGAUGAACCUGUUGUGGUCUAUACUCCUACGUUUCUCAAGAACAUGUCAGAGUUGGUGAUCAGGACAGACAGACGAAUACUAGCGAACUACAUGGUAUGGCAUCUAAUCAAGCCUUUACUUAGCGAACUGUCCAAGCCUUAUAAGGACGCCGCUCUAGAGUUUCUAAAAAUAGAACAAGGUAUAGAGGGCGGGGCACCAGUAUGGAAAUCAUGUGUCACUAAAACCAACUCUGUGCUGGGCUUUGCUACGGGUUACCUUUAUAUCAAGAAACAUGAUGGGAAACAAGUAAAAACGAAGGCAGAAGACAUGAUAACCAACAUCAAAGAGGCUUUCAUUGAGAAUCUUCACGAUGUAAAAUGGAUGGAUGAAGAAACAAAACGACUUGCAAAAGAAAAGGUCGAUGCAGUGUUCAAUAUGAUAGGUUACCCUGAAUGGAUUGAGGACCUUAACAAACUAGACCAGUACUAUGAUAAUUUACAUGUCUCAUCGAAUAAUAGCUUCGAGAAUUACUUGAACGCAAGACGAUUCUACCAUCAACAAUCAAUGGAAAGACGUGGAAAACCCGUCGAUAGAAAAGAAUGGCACAUGACGCCAAAUGAAGUCAAUGCUUAUUACAAUAUUCCAAACAACUACAUCGCUUUCCCAUCAGGUAUCCUCCAGCGCCCUUUUUUCGAUUCUGACUUCCCACAAGCUGUCAAUUAUGGCGCAAUAGGAGUCAUCAUGGGACAUGAGUUAACACAUGGAUUUGAUAAUAAAGGUCAGAAAUUUGACAAGGAUGGGAAUCUCGCCGCGUGGUGGAAAAACGAGUCAUCGGUUUCCUUUCAAAAUCUUUCGAUGUGUAUGGUGAAGCAGUAUGGAAACUACACUGUCAACGGCAAACAUGUCGAUGGGCUUCAAACACUAGCGGAAAAUAUUGCAGACAAUGGCGGCUUGAGACUCGCUUACAAGGCGUAUCAACGUUGGAGCGAAAACCAUGGCAACGAGAGAAAGCUUCCUGGGCUCAACCUGACAACUGAUCAGCUUUUCUUUCUUGGAUUUGCGCAGGCUUGGUGUUCUGCUUCAAGAGGCGACAACGUGGAAAAUGCGCUUCUAACUGAUGUACACAGCCCAGAAAAAACAAGGGUUCAAGCAGCACUAUCCAAUUCCCAGGAAUUCUCCAAAGCAUUUGAUUGUCCUUUGAACAGUCCCAUGAGCGCGCAACAAAAGUGCGCCGUAUGGUGAAGAGGGCUGGUGAAGAGUAUAUAAAACACGUGAUCAUCUAAGAGCAAAAGACAGGAGCGAGUUUUGAAAUUGCAUCUAUAACUAGGCAAAAAAUGGUCAUUAAAGAAAAUAUCUCAAGAUUA